AUGGACAAGCGCGGCACGUGUGGCUCCAGGAUGGCCAGGGGGGUGCUGGCACCUGUGCGGGCAGCCAGCUGUGCCCAGCUGCUCAGCAGCAGCAGACAUUGCCCUUGGAAAAUGAACCAGCUUCCUCCAAAGAGUGCUGUGGCAUCCCCUGUGUCAGAGAGCAUGAAUUCCAGGGGAGAGGCUUUGGACAACUUGUCAAUGGACAGUUUUUGGCUGGAAGUGGAGAACAUUAAACAGAGCGCUGAAGCCGAGCAGGAGGAAUGCAGCCUUGCAGAUGUCAAAACACAGGAGGAGGGAGAGGCCGAGGCCGACUGGCUGCAGGACGCGGGGCUGGCCGAGCUGCUCGGGGAGCCGGCGGGGGACAAGGACAACCUGGUGCUGCUGUCCACGCUGACCAGGACGCAGGCGGCGGCCGUGCAGCGCCGGCUGGACACCUACUCGCGCUCGCGCCGCAGGAGGAACAAGCACCCCGUGCGCGACGUGCGCGACAUCUUCGCUGCCAGCGGCUCCCAGGACACAGCAGCAGAGAAAGAGGAGUCCAGCCCAGAUCCACUGUGGCACAAUCUACGGACUUCAAACACCCAGAGAAAAAUUCAAGACAAUUUCUCCUCUGCAGCAGAAACCCAGGAUUAUUCCUGCACAGUUCGAAACCCUGGGAAGGAGGAGGUGUUCAACAUGGAUGUUGCCUACUCAGAGCAAGCAGCUGUCCUGCUCAAGGGAUCCUUCCUGUCUGAACCCAGGAAGUUAAAGGAUGGAAAUGGCCUAACAAGAUUUAAGAUCCCAAAGGGCAGACUAGGAGUGACCAGGAUUGGAGAUCUGUCAGCUCAGGACAUGAAGAAGAUCCCUACACUGGCCCUCAUUGAGCUUACAGCUCUCUGUGAUAUCCUGGGCUUUGAGCUGAAGAGAAACAAAGCAGCAAAACUGAAAACAACAGAGAAAAGACUCUUUGGAGUUCCACUCAACACCCUGUUGGAAAAUGACCAAAAGCUGCUGCCCAACACCAAGGUCCCUCUGCUACUCCAGGCACUGCUGUCCUGCCUGGAGAAGAGAGGGCUUGAAACAGAGGGCAUCCUGAGAGUUUCUGGGUCCCAGACCAGGAUUAAGAGCCUGGAGCAGAAGCUGGAAAGGGACUUCUACAGUGGCCUGUUCCGCUGGGAUGAUGUCCACCAGAACGACGUGUCGGGGCUGCUCAAGAGAUUCAUCCGCGAGCUGCCGGCCCCGCUGCUGACUGCAGAGUACCUGCCUGCCUUUGCUGCUGUUCAGAAUAUUCCAGACCUGAAGCAAAGAUUGCAAGCUCUAAACCUCCUGAUCUUGAUUCUACCAGAGUCCAACAGAAACACUCUGAAGGCCCUUCUUGAGUUUCUCAGCAAGGUGGUUGCCAGGGAAAAAAACAACAAAAUGAACCUCUGGAACGUUUCCACAGUCAUGGCCCCAAACCUCUUCAUGCACAAGGGGCUGCCAAACAAGAUCCCUGAGGGGAAGGAGAAGCAGCUGGCGGAGGGGGCGGCUGACGUGGUGCGCGUGAUGAUCCAUUACCAGGACCUGCUCUGGACUGUCUCCUCUUUUCUGGUGGCUCAGGUGAGAAAGCUGAACGAGAGCAACAGCAGAAGGUACCAGUUCUGUGACAAGCGCAUUAAAAAUCUGCUGCGGAAGAUCCACGCUGAUAAAGACAAGGUGGAAAAGAACCAGGGAGAGCCUUCCAAGGUUGUGAAAGUCCACGCCUCACUCCUCCUGAAGGACUCUCUGGAGGUGCACUUGAACAAUGCAACCAGGGUUGCUGAUGUCUUGAGGCAGUUUCAGAAGAACCUGUGCCAGAAUGGCUGGAAUAUUGUUAACACUGUCAACCUCCUCAAGUGUAACAACUCCACAGAGUGCACAAACUUGCUCCUGUAUGAAGUGGGAGGCAAUAUUGGUGAACAUUGCCUGGACCCAGACACUUACCUCUUGGACUUGUACCACAUCAACCCCCAUGCUGAGUGGAUAAUUAAGCAAAACCCAUCUUGUCCUCGGAUGUUCUAA